UAAUAAAUGAUACAUUUCGUUUUUUUGGACGUGAGAUUUCGUAAUAAUUUAAUAAGUCUAUUUUAUAUCUAAUUUAUAAUAUAUUUGAUAUUUAUUAAUAAAUAAACCAUAAAUAAAAUAAUAAUUAAUUAAUAAAAAAUUAAGUUUAUAUUCAAAAUGGUUAAAGAUAUUGUAAAAAUUCUUGACAUUUCAUGGAGAUUUGGUGUAACUGCAGCAAGCAAUGAAUCUGACAACAUGGGAAAAUCAUUUCUUCAUCUAAAAUUAAGUUUAGAAGAAAAUGGCAAAACUAAGAAUGUUUUUAUAGAAAUGACAAUAAGUGAAUUUUAUAAAUUUGUGCAUGAUUUAGAAAAAGCAAAGUGUAAUCUUGAUUUAUUACUUUAGAUAAUAUUUACAAUAAUUUAGUUGUGAAUUGGAUCAUUUUAAUAUUUUAAUAAUGUAUUAUU